ACAUUUCGCACAAUCGUGCAAGAUUAGCAUAGAGAAGUGAUAUUUGUGAUUAAUUUAUCAGCAGCUAGUUAUUGUACGUUUCCAAAAUGGUCGUCCGAGAGUAUAACGAAGAGAUGAAGUAUAUUGAACGCCUAUCGCCAAACAGUUUUCUGAUCAAAAAGGGCUUCCAACCCAACAUGAACGUUGAUGGCGUAUUCUACGCCAACAGUCGGCUGGAAAAGUUAAUGUUCGACGAACUCCGCAAUGCGUGCCGACCCGGUAUGACCGGAGGAUUUCUCCCGGGAGUGAAACAAAUCGCCAACGUCGCCGCCUUGCCGGGAAUCGUUGGACGAUCGGUGGGACUGCCGGAUAUUCACUCCGGAUACGGGUUUGCUAUUGGUAAUAUGGCCGCCUUUGAUAUGAGUGAUCCCAACUCCAUCGUAUCCCCCGGUGGUGUCGGAUUUGAUAUCAAUUGCGGUGUACGUCUGCUUCGUACGAACCUGUUCGAAAAAGAUGUGAAGCCGGUCAAGGAGCAACUGGCCCAGAGCCUUUUCGAUCACAUUCCGGUUGGUGUCGGCUCGAAAGGUAUCAUCCCGAUGAACGCACACGAUUUAGAGGAGGCCCUCGAGAUGGGCAUGGAUUGGUCACUGCGCGAAGGUUAUGUUUGGGCGGAAGAUAAGGAACAUUGCGAAGAAUACGGACGAAUGCUGAAUGCCGACCCGAGCAAGGUUAGCCUAAGGGCAAAGAAGCGUGGGCUCCCGCAGCUCGGUACGCUCGGUGCCGGUAAUCAUUAUGCGGAAAUUCAAGUGGUGGAAGAAAUCUACGACAAAUACGCCGCUAGUAAAAUGGGCAUCGAGGAGCUGGGACAGAUUUGUGUGAUGAUUCAUUCCGGUAGCCGUGGUUUUGGUCAUCAAGUUGCUACCGAUGCGCUGGUCGAAAUGGAAAAGGCCAUGAAGCGGGACAAAAUCGAAACGAAUGACCGGCAGUUGGCUUGUGCGCGCAUCAACAGCCCGGAAGGUCAAAACUACCUGAAAGCCAUGUCCGCAGCGGCCAACUUUGCCUGGGUAAACCGAAGCUCGAUGACAUUCCUUACGCGACAGGCAUUUGCAAAGCAGUUCAACACCACCCCCGACGAUCUAGAUAUGCACGUUAUCUACGACGUGUCGCACAACGUUGCCAAAAUGGAAGAGCACAUGGUGGACGGACGGCCGAAGCAACUGUUGGUGCACAGGAAAGGAUCAACACGUGCUUUUCCUCCGCAUCAUCCGUUGAUUCCGGUGGACUAUCAACUCACUGGCCAGCCGGUGCUGGUCGGGGGUUCGAUGGGGACAUGCAGCUUCGUGCUGACCGGAACCGAGACCGGAAUGGUCGAAACGUUUGGCUCAACGUGCCACGGUGCUGGUCGCAGUUUAUCGCGCGCUAAGUCUCGCCGCAACCUAGACUAUAAGGACGUUUUGCGCGAUUUAGAGGAGAAGGGUAUUUCAAUUCGAGUUGCAUCACCGAAACUGGUUCAAGAGGAAGCACCAGACUCGUACAAAGAUGUACGCGAUGUAGUUCAGACAUGUCAUGAUGUCGGCAUUAGCAACAAAGCCAUCAAACUUCGUCCUAUUGCCGUAAUAAAAGGCUAGUUUUGUCUUUCUUUGCUCACUGUGAAUAUUGAUUUUUGUAAUAAUAAAUAUGUUUUCAUCUUA